AUGGCAGCCAGUAAACCAAAAUAUCCACUGGGCUCUCCUCAAGAGCAUAUUGAAAUGUGUAAAACCCACGAUUUACCUAUUGAUGUUAUAUGUGAGGACUGUGAUGAAUUUAUUUGUGGUAAAUGUGCUAAAACAAAUCAUAAGGAACAUGAAUGGAGCACUAUAUCCACGGCAGCCAGCCAAAAGAGGAGAAAUCUACUUAAAUUACUAAAGAAGAUCAAGGAAGAGAAUCUGCCUGGGAUUGAAGAAAAUCUGGAGGAAGUGUCAAAAAAGAUCACAGGAAAUAAAGAACUGUGUGACACUGAGAUUAAAAAGCUUCAGAAGCAUGUUGAUGAGAUAAUGGCCAGGUUGACGGAAAUCAGGAAAAAUAAUGAACGAAAAUUAACAGAGGAUGUGGAGGAAAAAAAUAAAAAGUUGAACAGUGUGAAAUCUGAGCUAAACAAAAAGAAGAAAGAAAUAGAAGAGAUGGUAAAGUUUAUGGAGGACAACAACAGCACCAUGUCAGAUUACGGCUUCCUUGACAACCACAUGGAACUGUCAAAAAAGCUGUCUGGUCAGGAUGUUAAUUUUAACAACUUUAAUUAUUCAUUGAGAUACGUUAAAGGAAAAAUCAGUGAUGAGAUGAUGGAGAAUAUGAUAGGAAAAACUCACGAUUUAAACAAUAUCAGUUUGACUGAAACAAACUCUUUUAAAUAUGGAGAUAAAGUAAUAGUUGUAUUGAGUGCAUUGUGUGAAGAUCAGUGUUACAUAGGAGAUACAGAGUCACAUUACAUUGCACAAGUAAACAAAGAUGGUGAGAAAAAAGAUGAAUGUAAUAUUGUUCCUAGUGACAUGUGUGUGGCUGAUACUGGUGAUGUUUAUUUCACUGACGUUAGUUACAGUUCCAUCAACUGUCUGUCACCAUCAGGAUCUGUCUCCACAGUCGUCAGUCUAUAUCCACUGGUACCUGUAGGAAUCUGUCAGUCGGUGGACGAUGGACUACUGGUCACCUUGAGAGACAUUGUUUCAGAUCAUUACAAAUUAGACUCACACAGCAGACGUCAGGUUAGACACAUCACAGUGACGGGUGAUGUCAUCCGUGAGUAUGAGUACAAGGAGGACGGUCACACCAGAAUGUUUACAAAUCCAAACAGAGUCAAACAGAACAGUAAUAGUGAUAUCUGUGUUGUUAACUUUACAAGUAACACUUCAGGUGAACUAGUGAUUAUUUCUCCCUCUGGUCGUAUGAAGUCUAUCUACCGUGGACAGAACCUGACAGGGGACUUUAAUCCAGGUGAUGCAGUGUGUGACACUCUCUGUAACAUCCUUGUUACUGACUUUAACAACAACCACAUCCAUCUCCUGAGUCCUGACGGGGAGUUCCUGAAGUUCUUAAUUACAGAGAAUGAAAUGAAUGGUCCAGUCAGAUUAUCACUAUAUAAGUCUACACUGUGGGUGGGAUACUAUGAUGGACUUGUCAAAGUGUUUCAAUACACAGUGUAAUUUACUUGAAUUUUCAUUAAUCAUCCUAUGAAAUCGUAAUAGAUGCCAUAUAACAUCAAUGGAUUCAAUCACUAAAAUUUGUGUAUAUUCUCAUGUGUGGAUUCUACAUAUUUGCUGUCAAUUCUUACUAUAUUAACAAU